UGAGGGGGGUUCACAAUGCCGCGAAAACAGACGCGCGAACAUGAGCCCGCGCCCGAACAAGUGCAGCAGGAUUAUACGCGCAAAUCUGUUGUGAACCGUUACAUUGUUGUCGGCCAGAAGGUCGACAACAGGGGGGUUAAUAUGCUACGGUGCACCUUCUGCAAUAAGGUGUUUCAGGGAACCCAAUUCUACGCAACGAAACACUUCACCCAAUAGAAUUAUUGCAAGAAGGUGUCCGAUGAUGCAUUGUACCAGAUUGCGCAGAAAUGCACACACCGCUUCGAGGCCGAUCAGGUAGAGAGGGUGCGGCGGUUCUCACACGAGCGUGGUCUCGAUGUCCCGCGGUCGGGUGCGAUGGGUGGCGAGGCGGAGCGUCCUGCACAGGGCGUGGGCGAGGGAGAGGAUACCGAGCGUUAUGCAGAGGGAGGUGUUGCGAGAUAUGGGGAGGGUGCGGGUGCCGCGGAGGAGGACAAGGCACACGUUGACCUUGAGGUUGGCGUGGUCGAGGAGGAGCGGACACCGAGGGGAGAGGGGGGCGUGCCGAAGUCCGAUCCAAUGGCUCAUCAGAGGGCGGUGGACUGGGAGUGGAGGUGCGGGAAGAAGGCCGUCCCGCCUGAGACGACAACCACGCCGAGUUCCUCGAAGAGUGUUGUUCCUGAUAGAGCAAGCACGCCGGGUUCUUCGAAGAGGAAGGAGGGGGGUGCACAGCUUUCUGGCACCAGUGCAGGGAAGAGGCUGCGGCAACAGAAAAUGACGGACACGUAUGGUGGUGAGUGGAUUGGUGAGUGGAGGAAGGCAUUCUUUCGCUGGGUGUAUUCCAGUGGGAUUGCCUUCAAUGCCUUCCGCAACACGCCAUACCGGGACCUCCAGCAGGUUGCUCUUCGGCAACCUGGUGGAGCACCUCUUCCCGUGCUUCCAUCCCACAGCGAGAUCGCAGACAUGCGAACAGUGGAGAUCCACCGCGAGCAGUUGGCGGAGGAGUUGGAGGAGGUUAGGCAACCAUUAUGGGUGAGUGGCGCCACCCUUCUCUCUGACGGGAGGAAGUCACGAGAUGGGCGACCGAUCGUGAACUUCCUCGCAGCUGGGUCUCGAGGGGUCGUCAUGUACACGACGAUCAACCGAGAGGGGGAGCCGGACGAUGCGGUGCACGUCCUGCAGAGAUGGGUCGCCAUCUUUCAUGAUUUCAGAUUCGGUGGCCCACAGCGGGUCAAUGCUAUAUGCACUGAUUCCGCCUCUGCAUAUGUGGGGGCUGCGAGGGCUUUGGCCUCGCCAUCUAUGCCCCCUGAGCUGAGGAGGAUCACUUGGCUCCCGUGUUGCGUCCAUGUCUGCAACAAGUUGUUGUCAGACAUUGGCACGAUCUGCACCUCUUUCGUGGACACGAUCACGCAUGCCCGAGUUCUGGUGGUGUUUUUCAAAACCCACCAGGCCGCUCUCAACUUCUUUCGGAAGCGGAGCGCAGCGUUGGGCCUCUUGCUUUCAUGCGAGACGCGCUUUGCGUCCGUGUACUCCAUGUUGGAGAGGUUGCUCGCUCUGCAGGAUCGUUGUGGAUACGUCCUCCCUUGGCAGCGAGACAAGGGCAUGCUUGACACGCAGGCGGGAUUGGACGUGGAGCCUAUGCGCUCGGGGAUGAGGAGUGGGAUGACGGAGGAGGAGAUCGAGGAGCAGGCUGCCCUCAUUGCGCGCAAUCCCAUUGGGUGUUCUGCGCCGCCCCCUGUUGAGUCUGUUUUCGGUGCUCGUGCGACUAUCUUCUGCCCAUACCCCAGGGACGAUGACUCUGCGGACGAGAGGGAGUCGGAAACAGCGGACGACCCGAUGCUUCCCAUCCCGCGUGAGAUUGAUGAGUUGCACGAGGGGGGCGACAUGCGUGACGAGAGGACGCACACCGCGCGGAGGGCGGCAGACCAGCGAGAUAUAGAUAUGAUAGGGGGCGAGGAGUCUUGGGGAUCUUUCGGGGGCACGGAGGAGAGAUCACCCACUGCCGCGCGGGAGGAUACGCGUCCUUGCAUGACCUUGCGGGAGGAGACGCCUGCUCCCAUGACUGCGAGUGAGGAGCCGGGUCCUGUCACGACAGUGCGGGAGUGGACGACUAUUUCGUCGACCGCGCAGGAGCAGACGCCUGCUCCCACGACCACGCGAGAGCAGACGAGUAUUCCCGCUACGCAUUUCGGACCCUCGUCCCUGUCGCCUCUUUCGCGUCAUUCUAUCCCAGGAUUCCCAGCAUCCGCUCCGCCCGCUCCCGUUCGGCAUGACGAGCGCUCACCUGCACCGGUUGGGAGGGAGGACUUGGGAUCCUCGUUGCGCAGCCGCGRGCAUGGAUCAUUGUUUAKCGUAGCCCGUCAGCUCGUUUUGGACCCGGGUGCAUCGAGCGACUURGGGGAGAUGGGUGUUCAUAGCGGGSCACCACCGGUGGAGRAGAGGGAGAGACGAGCGGAGGAGCACGGAGCUGCCGGAGCGGGCGGAGUUGAGGGUAUUCGGGGUAUGGAGGAGGAGGUAGCUGGAGUAGUGGGGGGCGUGGUGGAGGUAGAUGAUGGUGCGCACGUCGAGAGAGAGGAGGGCGUGUUGCCAUCGGAGGUUGAGAGAGAGGACGAUGUGGUGAGGAUGCAGGAGGCGACGAUGAGGGAUGAUGAGGGAGAGGAGGCUGUGGCAGGGGUAGACGAGAGCGUGGCUGGGGUAGAUGAUGGUGCUGCCCAGGUUGAGAUGGAGGAGGAUGUGGCCGCUUUGGCAGCAGCAGCACGUGUUGUGCGUGAGCAGACAUCGCGCAGGAGCGGAGUCGCUCGUACGAGUUCCAUGCCUCAGAUGAUGCCUGCCACGGGGGAUGCCGCGUUGGAGGAGUCUUCUGGAGCCGAGGGGUUGGAGAUGCCGCGCGGUUCUCGUCGUGAGAAGACAGUCGCAGAGGUGACUCAAAUGAGUGCUAGGCUUAUUCGAGUGAGGACGGGGGUUGCCCAUGUGACCGUGGUGGAGGACGAUCCCGAGACGGAGCCUGCACGUGAGGAGGCCCCACAGGAGGUUGACGAGUACAGGGACGAUGAGGAGCGUGAGGAGGAGGAGAGCGACAGCGGGGAUGAUGACAGCUACCACGACGACGACGACGAGCCCUCCCCUCCACCGCGGCAUGGUUCUCAUAGACGACGUGGCUCUCGUAGAGGACAUGAUGACGUAGACGACCCGUCCCCUCCAGGGCGGCGGGAGACGAGGAGUCAGAGGAGGUGAGGGUCAUCCGUUGCGACAGCGCCGGGGCGAGGGAGUGUUUCGUCGACACGCGGCACGAGUGGG